GUUGAGUUUCACCUGAGAACUACAACAGUGCUGGCACACUGGCAGGCCUCGAAGGACAUACUUUCACUUACUGGAUUCUUUCUUCUCUUUAAGGGUUAUAAUGGAGCCUGCGUUUACGAGGCUAAAGGUGGCUGCGCUGCUUCUGAUAACAAUUCAGCUGAAGACAGAGGCGCUGCAGGUGACAUCCUCGGGACCACAGACUAUCCAAAUGGCUCAAGGAGUAACAGUCAACCUGGGGUGCACCUACACCCCCGGCCCCCAAGACACAGGAGAGCUGGACAUCGAGUGGUCCAACGUCAGCCCGGACAUGACGCAGAAAGACCAGCUGCUCUUAGAAUAUUCAGGCGGCCAGACGCACCACUACGGUGACCCCAGCCUCUCCGAAAGGCUCAACUUCAUAACAGACCCCAAGCUUGGAGACGCUUCAAUCUCUAUCGCAAACGUGAGGCUCUCAGACACAGCCACAUACCAGUGCAAAGUCAAGAAGUCGCCUGGUGUCGACAUGAGAAAAGUCACUCUGGUGGUGAUGGUUCCCCCAUCAGUGCCUAAGUGCUGGGUUGAAGGUGGUGAGGAGAGAGGUGGCACAGUCUCCCUCCGCUGCAAAUCCUCUCAGGGGUCCACUCCUCUCAGCUAUGUGUGGAGGAGGGAGAGCGGAGGGGCAAUGCCAUCCACUGCUACCCAAGACCCACAGAGCGGGGAGCUUUUGAUAAGGAACCAUACAGACAACAACAUUGGGAGCUACGUGUGUGAGGCUAACAAUGCUGUGGGCACAGCACAGUGUAAAUAUGCACUGCAUGCAUACAACCCUACCAAUAAAGUGGGCGUCAUAGUUGGUGCAGUGAUCGGUGCUCUGCUGCUGUUACUCCUGCUCCUGCUUCUCAUCUGGCUCCUGAUCUGCUGCUGCCACAAGCGUCGCUAUGAGAAGGAGGUUGCAAAUGAAAUAAGGGAGGACGUCCAGGCCCCAGAGAGCAGGCCCUCCAGCAGGCACUCCAGCCUGCGCUCGGUGCUGGGAUAUCGCACUCACCCCGGUGUGCAGUACAGCUCUGAGAGGAAGUACCUGCCCAGUGUCAGCGAAUCAGGACCCAUCUUCACAGCAGAGAGUAAUGCGGAGGACAGACCUGCUCAUCUCAAAUACGACCACAAAUAUGGAUACCCCGUGUAACAGGCAGGCGUGACAGAUUUUUAUUUUUGUACAAAACUACGCCUUCUGAUGAAAAGACUUUGAGCGUAAACCACCUUGUGAAGAACAUUCUAUGUAAGCUCUGUAUGUGAUAAAAGGUGCAAUAUUAUAUUUAACUGGAGAACAACAGCAGUGCUGUAUAGCUACUGCAGACUCUUAAAAGUUUACCUCAGUACUUACUCUGGACAAAUGACAACAAGGGCAGUUUCUCAUAAUCCAACUCAUUAUUUACACCACUUUUACUAAUACUGCGUGUAAAAUGUAUAUAGGUAAACAGUGUAUUUUUAUGAAGGUGCUUUUUUCCUUUGAUGCACAUGAAUUGGUUUAUUACUUUUUUUAAUGUGAACAAUAAAAUAUUUUAACAGCAAGUCCA